GGAACCUGGCACUUUUACCUCCAUGGAUCCCCUAAACCUCUCUUGGUACAACGGUGACAUCGGUGACAGGAACUGGAGCAAGCCGCUCAACGAGUCCAAUGCAGACCAGAAGCCUCAGUAUAACUACUAUGCCAUGCUGCUCGCCCUCCUCAUCUUUGUCAUUGUCUUUGGCAAUGUGCUGGUGUGUAUGGCUGUCUCCAGGGAAAAAGCCCUUCAGACUACCACUAAUUACCUGAUCGUGAGUUUGGCAGUGGCAGACCUCUUGGUAGCAACUCUGGUCAUGCCUUGGGGGGUCUAUCUGGAGGUGGUUGGUGAGUGGAGGUUUAGUCGGAUCCACUGUGAUAUCUUUGUAACUCUCGAUGUUAUGAUGUGUACUGCCAGUAUCCUCAACCUCUGUGCCAUCAGCAUCGACAGGUACACAGCAGUAGCAAUGCCGAUGCUGUAUAAUACCCGCUACAGCUCGAAGCGCAGGGUCACGGUCAUGAUUGCUGUGGUCUGGGUGCUUUCAUUUGCCAUCUCCUGCCCGCUCCUCUUUGGCCUCAACACCACAGAUGAGAAUGAGUGCAUCAUUGCCAACCCUGCCUUUGUCGUGUAUUCCUCUAUCGUCUCCUUCUACGUUCCUUUCAUCGUCACCGUGCUGGUGUACGUGCAGAUUUACAUCGUGCUCCGGAGGCGCAGGAAGCGCGUCAACACCAAGCGCAGCAGCCACGGCCUGGACUCGGACACGCAAGCCCCGCUGAAGGACAAAUGCACUCAUCCAGAAGACGUCAAGCUCUGCACAGUUAUUGUGAAGUCCAAUGGGAGUUUCCAAGUUAAUAAACGCAAAGUGGAGGCGGAGAGUCACAUAGAAGACAUGGAAAUGGAGAUGGUGUCCAGUACCAGUCCCCCUGAGAAAACCACCAUCAAACCUGCGGCACCAAGUAACCAUCAGUUGGUUGUGCCAGUUGCUUCUCAUCGGGGCACCAACCCAAGCCUGCAGGCACGCUUGGACAGCCCUGGGAAAGCAGAGAAGAAUGGACACGCCAAAGAAACACCCCACACAGCCAAGGUCUUUGAGAUCCAGUCUAUGCCCAAUGGCAAGUUAAGGACCUUUCUCAAGGCUGUGAACAGGAGGAAACUGUCACAACAGAAGGAGAAGAAAGCCACUCAGAUGCUAGCCAUUGUACUCGGUGUUUUCAUCAUCUGCUGGCUCCCAUUCUUCAUCACUCACAUCCUGAACAUGCACUGCGAUUGCAACAUCCCCCCAGCAAUGUACAGCGCCUUUACGUGGCUUGGAUACGUCAACAGUGCUGUCAACCCGAUUAUUUACACCACCUUCAACAUUGAAUUUCGCAAGGCUUUCAUGAAGAUCCUCCACUGUUGA